UCGUGCGUCUCGCCGUGUCUCCUGUGCUUUGAGAUUCGCGCCGCGCGCUUCCGGCCUCACGUCUCCCUCGCCGGGCGAACGGUUCUUGGAGAUGCCGCCCGCCGCCGCGGCGCGCUGCCCCCUCCUCUGGCGGGCUCCGGUGGCCCCCCUCGCGGCGCUCCGCGGCACCGUCUCCCCCUCCAGCAUGCGGCGGCGUCUCGGCGAGGGUGCUGCGGGCGGCGGGCGGCCGCCGGCGUACAGCGGGCUGCUGCUCGACGCCGGCGGGACGCUGCUUCAGGUGGCGCGGCCGGUCGCCGAGACGUACGCCUCCAUCGGCCGCCGAUACGGUGUGACGAAGACUGAGAAGAGGAUCAUGGAGGGGUUCAAACGGGCCUUCUCGGCGCCAUGGCCGAAGACGCUCAGGUACCAGGGAGAUGGGCGGCCAUUUUGGAGAAUUGUGGUAGCAGAAGCGACUGAUUGCACUGAUAAUGAUUAUUUCGAAGAAGUGUAUCAGUAUUAUGCAGAUGGAGAUGCAUGGCGUUUGCCUGUUGGAGCUGACACAACACUGCGUGAUCUAAAGGAUGCUGGAGUUAAGCUAGCUGUUGUAUCUAACUUUGAUACACGGCUACGGAAAUUACUUAAGGACCUCAAUGUCUCAGAUAUGUUUGAUGCCAUUGUGGUAUCAUCAGAGGUUGGAUAUGAGAAACCUGCGCCAGAGAUCUUCAAAAUAGCAUUAGAUCAAAUUGGUGUGGAAACCAGCAAGGCAGUACAUGUAGGAGAUGAUGAAAUUGCAGACAAGGCUGGUGCUAAUGCUAUCGAACUUGAGUGCUGGCUGUGGGGUGAGGAUGUGAAGACAUUUUCUGAGAUACGGGGCCGAAUUCUAACAGAAGAUCCACAAUGAGCACAGAUCUGGCAUGUUACAGACCCAUCACGGCUUCUUCUUUUUUCCCUCCUGUGUUGACGGUUGCGUUCUGCUUUCAUGAAAUAAGCUCAUAUCAACAGCAAAAUAAUUGUUCGAUUCAUAUUUUGUUCUGCGAUGGAGCUUGUAUUCCUCGCAGGCAGCAGUGCAGAUGAGUAGUUUGCAAGUUGCAUGUAAACAUUAUUCUUAAAUAUACUCUGUACAGACGCGAAAGUUCAGGCUAGUGCCUAUGCCUGAAAGAAAACUGAUGAAACACGUGUGAAAAUGGUGAAAACUA